CCUCCGGCCAGCAGUUCGGGAGUAGAAGCGCCGCGCGGAGACGCCGCUCAGCCCCUGACCAGCCCGGCCGGCGGUCUCCGCGGCAACCGGGGCGCGCGAGCCCAUUGUGACCGCUUUGGCCCGCUUGGCCCGGCUGAGCCAGCCGCCGGGAGUCCGGGCGAUGGAGAAGGCGCCGGAGGGAGCCCAGCCCGUCGUGACUUUCCUCCAGCCCCGCGAGCAUCAAGUGCUGGUGCUGUACAGUCAGCAAACUUGUGGCGAAGCUGCUUUGAAGAGAUUUCUUCCCAAAAGUCACCUGGCUAAAGUGAUCAUCCAGGACAAUGUUAGUGUUCAGCGGAUCCAGGAGAUUAAGGUCCAGCAAAUCGAAGGUCGGAAAAAGAAGGCGGAGAAUCUAUUUGAUCAAAUGAAAAGGAGAUUUCUCCAGAACCAGCAGAAAAAGACCUUCCGUUGGAAGAAAGAAUAUAGCUAUUACCAGAAGAUGUUGGAAGAGAUCGAUCAGCAGAACGUGUUGCGAAAAUUAGGCACAAUGUUUACAUCGAAGGAAAGUCCUCACUCCUCUUCUGCACCCUGGGGGAAACCCGGGACCACCUCAAGCCGACUCAGAUAACUGGAAUCACGCUGGGGAAAUGGCGUUUACGGAGACAUUUCAUCAGAAUAAAACUGUGUUGAAAACCAGA